GUGUUCCUUCCGCCCUCCAUUGCCUUGUUCCUACCAUGGCUUCUGCUGUGUUCCGGCUGCUGCAGCAGGGCCCUGCCCGCCUCUUGGCUCCGGUCGCCCCCACGCUGGUUCCUCCGGUCCGGGGAGUGAAGAAGGGAUUCCGCGCGGCCCUCCGCUUCCAGAAGGAGCUGGCGCGGUGGCGUCUGCUGCGCUGCCCGCCGCCGCCCGUGAGACGCUCAGAGAAGCCAAACUGGGAUUACCAUGCGGAGGUACAAGCCUUUGGAUUUCGCCUGCAAGAAACCUUUUCCUUGGACCUUCUUAAAACUGCGUUUGUCAAUAGCUGCUAUAUCCAAAGUGAAGAGGCGAAACGCCAGAAACUCGGGAUAGAGAAAGAAGCCGCUCUUCUGAAUCUUAAGGACAAUCAGGAACUGUUUGAGCAAGGGCUGCCCUUUUCACAGAAGUGCCUCACACGGUUUCUGGAAGAUGAGUUCCCAGACUUGUGCACCGAAGGCAUCGGAAGUCUAGUUAACUUUCUUACUGGUGAGGCAGUCGUCUGUCACGUGGCUAGUAACUUGGCUGUGGAGCAGCUGACCCUCAGUGCGGAAUUUCCUGUCCCCCAGCCUGUGUUGCACCGGACUUUCUUUGCAGUGAUUGGAGCCCUGCUACAGAGCAGUGGACCGGAAAGGGCUGCACUUUUCAUCAGGGACUUUUUAAUAACGCAAAUGACCGGGAAAGAGCUCUUUGAGAUGUGGACUGUCAUAAAUCCCAUGGGACUACUGGUGGAGGAACUGAAGAAGAGAAACAUUCCAGCUCCCGAGUCUAGACUCACCAGGCAGUCUGGAAGCACCACUGCUUUGCCGUUGUAUUUUGUUGGCUUAUACUGUGAUAAAAAGCUGAUUGCUGAAGGACCUGGGGAAACGGUGCUAGUUGCAGAGGAGGAAGCUGCACGGGUGGCACUAAGGAAGCUCUAUGGCUUCACAGAGAACAGGCGGCCCUGGGACUAUUCCAAGCUCAAAGAGAGCUCUGGAGCAGAGAAAACCAGCAUUGCCAGCUAGACAGCAAGGGGUGAUGCCAGCACAUCUGCAAGCAAAGCCAUGAGGCAGUGCCGAAGGGGUUCCUGCACGAGCAGCUCAAGAUACACGGAAGAACAUGACUCUGUCCUCACUGUGUCCCUACAAUUAAACAAAAGGUUUUCAAAUGACGGGCAUUUGUUU